AUGGAGCAUUUGCUCGCCCCAGACGGCGCCGCCAGAAUCGACAUCCCAUACAUUGAGACCCAAGAAUUCGAAGCCCACCAGACGACUCGAGUCGAUGUCCUGGAGAACUUCAAGAGCUACAUUGAGCGUUCGGGAUGGCAACGGAACCCGCAAACAGGAGACGUCGACUUUAGCAACCGCAGUCCCAGAGAGAUUUUGCAGCAUCUCCAAACGUGGCUCUACUUUGGAUGCCUCGUUUCCGUGUUCCGAAAGGUGGGAGUCACGGUUUGUACCGGCGACUUUCUCGACAGCCACCCAACCCGCCAGGGACAGAGGGUGGUCUGCACGAAUAAGUUACAAGGCUUCGUGGGAAAAUGGGCGCAGUACGAGGGCUUUGCUACCGGGCCCGUCGUCCCCAGAGAUUUCUCGAACCCCAAAUACCUUCGUGGAGAAAACAUCAAGGAAAUCCUCAACUAUACCUUCUGGUACCUGGGCGUAUACGGGCGUCAAAUUGGACGCUUUCCCGAGCCCUACAGGUGCAGGGCGAAGCUAAUUGAAUUAUCCAUCAUGGCCAUGGGCGAGAGCCUCUGCUCCGCACUGACGGUCAUAUAUGGUUACGAAAGCAGCCACAUGCCGACUUGGGGGCCCAGUCCGGUGUUGGACGCCCGGUUGAAAAGGAACGGCUGGUGCCCGAGCGACUCGCCGUUCUUCCCCGAGUCCAUGACCAAGGCGGCCAUCAGUGCUGACUAUUAUUUCGGCGGACGUCGCUGUCCCUGGGAUCAGCGGGACCAUUCGACAUGCGGAGCAGCCAUCUGCAACCAAUACUUGGAGAUCGUGGAGCAAGAAGCGUAUAAACAAAUUCAUUCAUUUAAGGGUUGCCCAUGUGCGCGUGUCCCGGUCCCCAGCAGCAUGACCAGCCUUGUGGAUCAAGGGCAAAUACCUGUGGUUCAUUGGGACGGAAACAAGUUGCACGUUUCUGCCGUUGAUGCUCAGACCAAGUAUGUUGCAAUAUCCCACGUUUGGUCUGACGGUCUGGGGACCGACUACUCGGCAAAUGCACUCCCGGCAUGUCAAUUGUCUCGCCUGCAGUCACUCGUUCAUGAGCUCUAUGCAGCAGAGCCGCUCUCAGUCCCGAGGGCGCGUCGUUUGGAUGGUAUGGUCCCAUUCUGGCUUGACUCUCUCUGCGUGCCUGUGGGAACCGAAUAUGAAAACCUGCGCACCAAAGCAAUUGGAAAAAUGGCAGAAAUAUAUCGCCAGGCGGACCGGGUGCUCGUGUUAGACUCCCACGUCCUCAAGCUGCCACGCUCAGCCGACAUGGUGGACAAGUUUUUGCAGAUCCACUUGUCGAAAUGGCACCAUCGGUUAUGGACGAUGCAAGAGGGUCACCUGGCGCGGAGUCUCUUUUUCCAGUUCCAAGACGGAGCUCAGUCAUUGCACGACAUGGGAGAGACCGCAUUGCAGAGUCUCGACCGCUAUGCACCAGAGAGCCUGUGCUCACCCGUGCGGCUUCUGUGCGCCACCGAGCUUGAGGCAUUCUAUCGAUAUUUUGAAGUGGCCAAGGCCAGUGGCACGAGUAUACAGAAAAGGAUGCGAUCAUGCGCAAAGUAUUUGCGCAGCCGCCAGACGAGUCGGUUGGAAGACGAGUCCGUCUGCGUGGCCAAUAUCCUGGAUCUGGACGCCGCGAAGGUUUUGGUAUGCAAGGAUUCCGAUAUGCGCAUGGCCCGCUUCUACGACCUGGUCGGACAGUUCGACCCCCAGAUCAUCUUCCACGAUCACCCUCGCCUCCCGCUCCCAGGUUACCGCUGGGCGCCGCGCUCGUUCCUGCACCAGCUCUCCGACUUCAUACCCAUACGUGAGGGUGGCGGGGUCGAAGACAAUGCCUUGGAUGGCUGGCUCAUUCCCGGGGCCGGCGGUCUCCCUGUCCGAUUUCCGGGCUUCGAGUUUGGAUGUCACGGACUGCCGCCAGUUGAUAUGCCGUUUCUUGUCAGGGCGAGCAACCUGCCCAUACACCUGCAAUGGACGUUCAUGAACAAAAGCGCUUGGUGGGCGUGCACAUACGAGCUGAAGCUGACGGAGAUGCUGCCGGGUCUUGAGAGCCUGGAUGUGAGGCCUAUUGGCGGCCACUACCGGCGAUAUGUGGUCAUAUUACCUGUCGAGUUCCAUCCAGACGCGCUCCCAGUCAAAGGCAUCGUAGGAAUCAUGGACCCAAACGUCCCGCCACAUCCGAUGAUGCUCCCCGGGACACCGAUGGCAGCCUGGACCACUCUAGAUGUAGGGCUACCGGGCAAUCAACGUCCCUGUUACUCGACACCGAAUGGGAUUCCCAUUCAAUAUCUUGGUCGGGUCCAUGUGAGUCUACCUGCAGCAGAAGCAAUUGCCCGAGUCGCCCCCUUCGGCAUGGCCUCGGCCUACGGGCGUGAGCAGGAGUGCAUCGUCUUGGUCCACGGUCUUGCAGGCGACGCAUUGUUGGCCUGGAAAUCUCCCGCCACCGGGACGGUCUGGCCGCAAGACGAGCUCCCUUUCUAUCCCGGCCUGGACAACUCGAGCAUUCGGGUCUUGAGCUUUGGCUACAAUGCCAACCCUGUCACGCUCGUGAAUAACAGUGCCGGCAUCAAUACCAUUGACGAUAACGCAAAUAAUCUUCUCGGAGAUCUCGUUGACCUCAGGGGUGGGCCGGAUGCGGUCAACCGGCCUGUUAUCUUUGUGGGGCAUAACUAUGGAGGUCUUGUUAUUAUGAACGAUGACCUCUUCUGGCACACCCAGGCCCUCAACAUAUCUCACACGAAUGACAUUCAGGGCACGCAGCCGGAACUGGCAGCAAUCUCCAAGGCCAAUAUCGGCGUCCUGUUUCUCGGGACGCCUCACAAAGGAAGCGAUCCCACUGUUUGGGCUCAUGUUCAGACACGGUUUUCGCCACUCCAGGUCUCGAGCUAUUCCCUGGCCGUAAUGGCCGCAAUUUCCACCGGUUCGCCCUUACUUGCCAGUAUCGAGGCCGCAUUCACGAGGGGUCCCAUCACCAGGAUGGAGGUCUUCUCGUUCUUUGAAGGGCAACCGAGCCGGAUGAAUCCAAUCACUCUCCCACCUUUUCAAAUUGUAUGGUGA